UCAGUUCCUCCGUGGCAGACGUCGUGCUCGUGUUUGUCGUACGCCGUCUUUUUUCCGUUCAACAUGGCCGCACUCACAAACUCCAUCCUUGAUGCCCUCGUGUACGACCAUUUGUCGCGCAAAGACAAAACGCUCGCGGAAGUUUUCCUCAAGAAACACAACUCGCCUAAGCUUCCCAAAGGAUCACCCCGGCUUGACGAGAUUGUAAAACAUUUCCAAACGACGAAAAAGAAGCUCCAGCUCGGUGGGAAUGCUGCCGCAGCGGAAGAGUCCAGCUCGGAGGAGGAAUCGGAUGAGGACGAGGAGGAGGAGCAGGUAGCCACGCCGGCGAAAAAACCACAGGCCAAUGGAAAGGGCGCUGCAGUAGCCAACGGUGCAAAGGCCGCAAACGGCAAGCCAGCUACGAACGGAGCUGCCGCCAAGAAGCCCCAGCAGCAGGAGGAAUCUUCGGAAGAAGAGGAUUCAGAUGAAGAUGAUGAUGAGGAAGAGGAGGAGGCCAAACCAGCCGCAAAGAAGGGACCGGUGGCCGCCAAGGGAGCUACCCCCGCUAAGGUAACUCCGUUGGUCAAGAAACCUCAACAGCAGGAAGAAGAGGAAGAUUCCGACAGCUCGGAAGAGGAGGAGGACGAGACGCCGGCCGUGAAGCCUUUGGUCGCGAAACAGGGACCCAUCGUGGCCCUUAAGAAAGGAAAGCAGGAAAGCGACGAAGAUGAGGAGGAUGACGAUGAUGAAGAAGAGGAUUCUGAUGACGAUGAAGAUGAAAAGCCGGUGUCGAAACCUACCGUCGUUGUCAAGGCCGGCCAGAAGCGCAAGCCAGCCGAGGAGGAGGAGGACGAUGAUGACGAUGAGGACGAUGAUGAUGACGAUGAAGAGGAAGAACCGGUCAAAACUCCCGCCAAGGCGCCGGCGAACAAGUUUGGUGAUAAGAAGCAGCAGCAGCAGGUAAAUAAGGUGGUUAACGGAAAAGCUCCAGUAAAUGGCGGACCACCAUUAAAGAAACUUAAAGCAAACGAAUCGUCGAGCGAGGAUAGCAGUUCCGACGAGGAAGCAGCUAAAAAGACUACCGCCAAGGCACCGGUGGCAAAGGCAGUAGCAGCUCCUUCGGCUGCUGUAUCGAAGAAGAAGGCAGAAUCCUCAGAUUCGGAUGAUAGUUCAGAAGAGGAUACAGCAAAGAAAACUCCCGCUAAGGCACCGGUGGCAAAGGCAGUAGCAACUCCUUCGGCUGCUAUAUCGAAAAAGAAGGCAGAAUCCUCAGAUUCGGAUGAUAGCUCAGAUAGCAGUUCCGACGAGGAAGCAGCUAAAAAGACUCCCGCCAAGGCACCGGCGGCAAAGGCAGUAGCAGCUCCUUCGGCUGCUGUAUCGAAGAAGAAGGCAGAAUCCUCAGAUUCGGAUGAUAGUUCAGAAGAGGAUACAGCAAAGAAAACUCAAGCUAAGGCACCGGUGGCAAAGGCAGUAGCAACUCCUUCGGCCGCUGUAUCGAAAAAGAAGGCAGAAUCCUCAGAUUCGGAUGAUAGCUCAGAUAGCAGUUCCGAAGAGGAAGCAGCUAAAAAGACUCCCGCUAAGGCACAGGCGGCAAAGGCUGUAGCAACUCCUUCGGCUGCUGUAUCGAAGAAGAAGGCAGAAUCCUCAGAUUCGGAUGAUAGCUCAGAAGAGGAUACAGCAAAGAAAACUCCCGCUAAGGCACCGGUGGCAAAGGCAGUAGCAGCUCCUUCGGCUGCUGUAUCGAAGAAGAAGGCAGAAUCCUCAGAUUCGGAUGAUAGCUCAGAAGAGGAUACAGCAAAGAAAACUCCCGCUAAGGCACCGGUGGCAAAGGCAGUAGCAGCUCCUUCGGCUGCUGUAUCGAAAAAGAAGGCAGAAUCCUCAGAUUCGGAUGAUAGCUCAGAUAGCAGUUCCGACGAGGAAGCAGCUAAAAAGACUCCCGCCAAGGCACCGGCGGCAAAGGCAGUAGCAGCUCCUUCGGCUGCUGUAUCGAAGAAGAAGGCAGAAUCCUCAGAUUCGGAUGAUAGUUCAGAAGAGGAUACAGCAAAGAAAACUCCCGCUAAGGCAUCGGUGGCAAAGGCAGUAGCAGCUCCUUCGGCUGCUGUAUCGAAAAAGAAGGCAGAAUCCUCAGAUUCGGAUGAUAGCUCAGAUAGCAGUUCCGACGAGGAAGCAGCUAAAAAGACUCCCGCCAAGGCUCCGGCGGCAAAGGCAGUAGCAACUCCUUCGGCUGCUGUAUCGAAAAAGAAGGCAGAAUCCUCAGAUUCGGAUGAUAGUUCAGAUAGCAGUUCCGACGAGGAAGCAGCUAAAAAGACUCCCGCCAAGGCUCCGGCGGCAAAGGCAGUAGCAACUCCUUCGGCUGUUGUAUCGAAGAAGAAGGCAGAAUCCUCAGAUUCGGAUGAUAGUUCAGAAGAGGAUACAGCAAAGAAAACUCCCGCUAAGGCACCGGCGGCAAAGGUUGUAGCAACUCCUUCGGCUGCUGUAUCGAAAAAGAAGGCAGAAUCCUCAGAUUCGGAUGAUAGUUCAGAUAGCAGUUCCGACGAGGAAGCAGCUAAAAAGACUCCCGCCAAGGCACAGGCGGCAAAGGCUGUAGCAACUCCUUCGGCUGCUGUAUCGAAGAAGAAGGCAGAAUCCUCAGAUUCGGAUGAUAGUUCAGAAGAGGAUACAGCAAAGAAAACUCCCGCUAAGGCACCGGCGGCAAAGGCAGUAGCAACUCCUUCGGCUGCUGUAUCGAAAAAGAAGGCAGAAUCCUCAGAUUCGGAUGAUAGCUCAGAUAGCAGUUCCGACGAGGAAGCAGCUAAAAAGACUCCCGCCAAGGCUCCGGCGGCAAAGGCAGUAGCAACUCCUUCGGCUGCUGUAUCGAAGAAGAAGGCAGAAUCCUCAGAUUCGGAUGAUAGCUCAGAAGAGGAUACAGCAAAGAAAACUCCCGCUAAGGCACCGGCGGCAAAGGCAGUAGCAGCUCCUUCGGCUGCUGUAUCGAAGAAGAAGGCAGAAUCCUCAGAUUCGGAUGAUAGCUCAGAUAGCAGUUCCGACGAGGAAGCAGCUAAAAAGACUCCCGCCAAGGCACCGGCGGCAAAGGCAGUAGCAACUCCUUCGGCUACUGUAUCGAAGAAGAAGGCAGAAUCCUCAGAUUCGGAUGAUAGCUCAGAAGAGGAUACAGCAAAGAAAAUUCCCGCUAAGGCACCGGCGGCAAAGGCAGUAGCAACUCCUUCGGCUGCUGUAUCGAAGAAGAAGGCAGAAUCCUCAGAUUCGGAUGAUAGUUCAGAAGAGGAUACAGCAAAGAAAACUCCCGCUAAGGCACCGGCGGCAAAGGCAGUAGCAAUUCCUUCGGCUGCUGUAUCGAAGAAGAAGGCAGAAUCCUCAGAUUCGGAUAGCUCAGACGACAGUGAUGAGGAUGAUAAGAAGCCAUCGAAACAGCAACAAACUGCUAAUGUGGGUCAAAAACGCAAGGCUCAGGAUGAACAAGAAGCUCAUGAACCUCCUGCGAAAAAAACUAAUUUCUACAGUAAUUUCGUUAAAUCGAGUGAAGACUGGACCAGUCAAGAAACUCCACCGAACAAGCAAAACUUUAAUAACAUCAAUGGAAAUAGUAAUGCUGGAGGCACAGGAAGCGAUAAGAAAAUACCCCUAAACAGCGAUGAAAAGCGUGGUAUCAACCGAUUCCGGCGUGUAAAAGAAGAAGAAAUCGAAAUCGAUAAUAGACUGAUGGAUAAUUCCUACGAAGCAAAGAAAAACGCACGUGGCUCUUUCGGUGAGCGGGCGAAUGAAAUUCUGAAGCACACGAAAGGAAAGUCAUUCCGCCACGAGAAAACGAAAAAGAAGCGUUCCGGCUAUCGUGGUGGCUUGAUCGACAUGUCUGUUAAUUCGAUUAAGUUCGAAGAUUAGGAAAAGAUAAGAAUUAUUACAAACCGUACUGCUAACGUAAUUGGGCCUUCUCGUGGUAAGCAUUUCUUUCUAAGUACCACAAGUACGAGAUGCCACUAUGAAUGGAUUUAGAUCAUUAGAUCAUAUGCAUCCAGUAUGUACGCUUUAUGUUAGUGAUCGUCUAUGAUUCAUGUUUCAAUGAAUGUCUUUUGUUAGAAUUAUUUUUCAUAUGCUCCCAAAAGUACACAUAAAUACAGUGGAUGUAAUUUUUUUUAUGACACAGCAACAAUAUUUAACAGACUAAAUGAUCUAUUACUCUUCGUAAUGCAAAACGCUCGUUCGCUUUCCCCGCGCAUCGCCAAACAAUCAAUUUCGCAGAUUCCAGACUCGUGAAAAGUGCGUAAACUGGUCCCUGCUCGAGUACGGUAGGCGGGUUUAGGUACUUUGGAACUCGGAAUAAACGAUAAGUUAGCUCAUAGAGGUAAGGGCUCUUCUUUCUAGUCCCUUGCCACUUUACAAAAACCGUUACAAUCAUGCAAAGAGGUUUACAGUAUUGAGCACGCGCAGCACGCCGAACCAGAGGGUCAGUUGCUUUUGAAGUGGAUGUUUUCAAAUAUUACUCCUGUCUCGCGACAGCGAACCCUCCUAUCAAUACGCCCAUCCAAGCCUGUUGAACACGACGGUAAAGGCAAGUUCCGGAAGCCGUACACUGGCCUCGUGGGGUUCGUCCGGAAAGGCGAAAGUAUUGCAGAAAGUUUGCCAAGCGCUUCACCGUCUAGAAAGCAUGCAGAGUGGACAAGUUUAUCAUUUAUUUUUUAUAUUGGAAAAUAUAUUUUGUCUAUACGACCAUAA